AUGGGCAAGAACGCCAAGUCCGAGGACGAGAUCAACCUCUUCCAGAUCAUCCUCGACCAGGCGGACGACAUUGACUUCUCGGACCCGUCCAAACCCUUGUCGGACCAUAUCGACCCGACAGCGCUCAAGAUCCCCGGCUUUGAAGUGUCCAAGCUCUUCGCGGUCGUCUACUGGGGUCUGCUCCACUCGGAGGACGAAGAAGGCUUUAUGGCCGGGUUGGACAUGAUGAACAUGUCGCAGGCCAAGAAGGCCGUCAACGGCGUAUUCGUCUUCAACGUCAAACCGUCUUCCGAAAGCGCAGGGAAGGAGACGGUGCAGUUCUACGUAGAUAUGAAGAAGGAGGGCAAGAUCGAAAAGGGCUCCGGUCCAGCAAGACCAAAGCCCGAUUGCGUCUUCACCAUCAGUGACAGAGACAUGAUUAGAGUCGCUCUGGGACAAUUGAGCCCACAGGUGGCGUUCAUGAAGGGGAAGGUGAAGGUCAAGGGAAACAUCAUGCUCGGAUUGAGGAUGCAAACCGUACUCAUGAGCGAGGUCAAGAAGAUGUCCAGGGUCGCCAAGCUCUGA